GUAAAACAAAGCAACGAACGACUAACGAGUAAUCGAGAUCCUAAACAGUCGACUCUCUUCGUCGUUGUCGGACAUACAUAGAUCUUCUACCACACAACGUGUUCGACGAAAUUCCUCUGAGAAGCUCCUUAGAACUCACCGAUCAUGAAACUUAGGCGAAUCCUGGGUUCCGUUUCGAGUCUCGCUACAGAGAAGCUCUCUUCGUCUUCGUAUUCUUCCCGUUGCCCGUCGAGACAGAUCUUCACGGCGCGGUCGGCAUCAUCUUCUUCGCAACGAAAUGCCGGAAGUAACCACUCAGAAGCGUUACCCGGGAACCACGUCAAAUGGGCAUCGCUUGGUUCAGUCAGAAACUCGAGAUUCGCGUCCGGGUUCUCACCGUUGAAGCCGAAACCGUUGGAUUCGAUCAUGGAUUUGGAUAGAGCCAAGACCAAAUCGCCGGAGGAGCUCACUUCGAUCUGGGACGAUUAUCACUUGGGACGAGGGCAUAUUGGAAUCACUAUGAAAGCUCAGCUUUAUCGUUUGUUGGAGCAACGAGCAGCUGAGUGCCGAUACUUUGUCAUUCCGUUGUGGAGAGGAAAUGGUUACAUUACAAUGUUUGCUCAAGUUGAAGCGCCACACAUGAUUUUCACUGGUCUCGAAGACUACAAAGCGAGAGGAACUGAAGCGGCUCCUUACUUGACAAGCAAAUUUUACACUGAGCUUUCAGAGACGAAAGACUUGGUGUUUAUCCGAGGCGAUGUUGUGUUCACAAGCAAGCUCACAGACGAGGAGGGGAAAUGGCUGAUGGAGACGGCUCAGUCGUUUUACUUGAACGACAAUCGGUACAAACUGCUCGAGCGGUUCAACAAACAUACUCAUGAGUUUGAGUUCAAGGAUGUGUUACAAGCUCUGGAUAUGCCUGUCCUCUGAUUUGGUUAAAAAUCAGGACUAAAACUUCUCUGUUUUUCUUUCUUUAUGAGAUAUCAUUGUAUUAGAAUUGCUUGUGGGAAUAUUAAAUUUCCAGAGAUUUUGCUCUUAAAUAAACGCGCUCUUGAAUGAACAAUUCGAAAAUGUGAUGUUCUUU